GAUGCGCGAAUGCAAUGCACAUCCGAACCCAGAUGCAUAGAGGUCAUGCUAUUAUAGAAAAUUUAUCAAGAGCAAGAUGUAUGUCCACAAGUACAUCCAGCACCGCCCUUGCUUCCCAUGUCCUCAACUCAUACACAACCGCUGCACCGUCCCUCCAGGACCUUGACCGUGCGAAUCGAUAUUUCACGAACGGCCCCGUUGCCUUCCUAUUUUCUGCGUCGAAGCUUCCCAAUAUCCCAAUAGACUCCAAAAUCCCAGAGAUAGCGUUUCUGGGACGCUCAAACGUAGGGAAGAGCUCCUUGUUGAACGCGCUACUGAACAAGAAGAAUGCAAAAAUCGCACACGAGAGCAAGCAUCCCGGUCGCACGAAGACCAUGAACUUCUUCGGCGUAGGACCCGCGGCUGAAGUCCCAGGUACCAGGCGCGUGGCAAAAAAAGGACAGAGUCUAGAGAUGCUGGAGAAGGCGGGAUCCAAGGAAUUGAAGAAGGGCACUGAGGUUAGGAACGUGAUAGGGCAGGGCGGCGGCAUUGUGGUUGUAGAUUGCCCUGGGUAUGGAUUUGGAUCUAAAGAGGCAUGGGGAGACGUGGUCAUUCGAUAUUUACAGAAGAGAAAGCAGCUCGCCAUUGCGUACUUGCUUGUAGACAUCAAUGUCGGCUUGAAGAAGAGUGACGAACAGACCUUGGAGCUGCUACGAGAGGCCAAUACGCCACAUCAGAUUAUUCUCUCCAAGGUGGACAAAGUUCUGUUUCCCUCUGGAAAAUUGGACAUGGAGCGCCUGUCUCAACGGAUUGAGAGAUUGGACGAUAUGCGUCGCAAUUUUAAGACGAAGGUCUUGGAUCAAUUCGCCGGAACGAGCUUGUGUACUGAUAUCCUAUGUACGAGCUCCAACAACCUCCCACUCGGAAAGUACAAGAGAAUCGGCAUCGAAGAACUUCAGUACGCGGCUUUGCACACGGCCGGUCUCUUUGGCGAAGGCAAGGAGAUUGAUAACUAUGAAAAGGAGCGAGAGCUGAGUGAGUAUCACGGCAUUGUGAGCUGGGACCAACUUGGAGAUCUCAACACGGCAAUCAAAAGCUGAACGAGCUUAGCGCUGAGUGGAAUUCUACAAACGCCUAGGGAGCUACUGGAUUGAUUCUCGUCCUGAAUCAAUCCUUCUAUGAAAAUUUUGGCUUCCUUUCUAUCAAGCUUCCUUGUCCAAACUUUCGUCCGCAACUGGCUUCCCGAAACGAAGCCAGAUUCCAAUCGCAAACAGCACUGAGACAUCUACGUCGCUAAGAGCGGCAUCAGAGAUAUGGCUGGAUGGAUGGCUCUGCGCGCCCAAGAUGCGAGCGAAUGAAAGGUCGUUCAGUUGAUUUCGUGAAAGCUCUGGAGAUCUAUGGUGUGUACGCAAGCUGAUACAUCGAAUGAAGUAGGGUUUGGGGGAACACAAGAGCAAACCCUCCUACUGCAAAAGCUGCGGUUAUUACGGUUGGUGUCGGACUAAUCGUUAUUUCCGCAAGGCGAGAUCAUUCUCCUCUCGACAUGAAAGACAGAGGUUUUGUUGGAACGCGUUACGUUUCCCAGGGCCAUUCACAGUUUGGCACAAAUACAUUUGUAGAAGAAAAUUGAGGGCGGUCGAGGGCCGCAGACGGUACCCACUUAGAGGCUAAUGUACUCUUCUCAAACUCUGGGAAACGGAUUACACAACUCCAUCAUGUAAAUUGAUCCAGCUCCUCAUGACAAUGCAACAGUCGAUUUCCCAUAUAUCGUCUGGCGGGAGCAUCGCGAUGCAAAUCUAUUUUGCCUCGCAAAGAGCGACCGAUUAUGAAAUAUUUGCCACUUUCGUCGUUGCCAUCAUCAAUUCGGAUGUCGAU